CGUCGCGAUGAGCACGUCGACGAUUCAAUCCCUGGCGACGCAAAUCCAGGAAUGCGGCAACUGCAGGGACCUCGCGGCCGCCCGGCGCCUCCACGCCCGCGUCGUCGACAGCAGCGAUCACGCCCGCAAUCGCUACAUCGCCAAUCUCCUCAUCCAGAUGUAUGGCAAAUGCGGCAGCCCUGGCGAGGCCCGCGGCGUCUUCGAUCGCAUCCCCCCACACGCCCGCAACGAUUUCUCGUGGAACAUCAUCAUUGCGGCGUAUGCCCAGAAUGGGCAUCUGCGGGAAGCGCAGGAUGUUUUCGAUUUGAUGCCCAGCCGCAAUCUCGUCUCGUGCAACUCGAUGAUACAAGCGCUGGCUAAACACGGGCAUCUGGAUCAGGCGAAAAGAGUGUUUGAAGGAACGCCGCAGCACGACGUUGUGUCGUGGACAACGUUACUCGCAGCAUUCGCCCAAACCGGGCACCUGCUGUUAACUAGGAACAUCUUCGACCAAAUGCCGGAAAAAAACAUCUUUUCGUGGACGACGCUUGUGCAGUGCUAUGCGGCAUCCGGAAACGUUGACGAAGCCAAAGCCGUGUUUGAUCAAAUGCCGAUGUUGGAUGUUAUGACUUGGAACGCUUUGAUCUACGCAAAUGCCAAGAAUGGGGAUCUUUACUCCGUGAAGAACAUCUUUGCUUCUAUGCCGGAGUGGAGCGUCGUGUCGUGGACGUCGAUGAUCACCGCUCUGGGCGAGUCGGGGCUGAUCAGUGACGCUCUCUCGAUCUUUCUCUCGAUGGAGGAGAGGAAUCUCGUCUCGUGGAACGCGAUGCUCCAUGCUUGCGCUAGGAACGGCGAUCUCGCCACCGCGAAGGCGCUCUUCGAUCGAAUGCCCGAGCACGACAUCGCGUGCUGGACCGCUCUCAUCCAGGCCUACGUCCAGAGCGCUCGUCCCGAGGACGCUAAGAUCGCGUUUGAUUGUAUGCCCGCCAGCGACAUCGCGGCGUGGAACUUGAUCCUCGCGGCGUACGCCCAUCGCGGGCGAGUUGAGGAGGCCGAGAGGAUCUUUGCUGCCAUGCCCGAGAGGAGCGUGGUCUCGUGGAACAACGUCCUCCAGGCGUGCGUCGCGCGGGGAGAUCUCGAGCGCGCGCGGGAGAUCUUCGGCGCGAUGCCCGAGAGGAAUGUGGUGUCGUGGACCGCGAUGAUCCAGGCGAGAGCACAGGCCGGGGAGAUGGAUCGCGCGAGGGAGCUGUUUGAUCGGAUGCUGGAGUGGGAUGCGGUGGUGUGGAAUGUGAUGAUCGCGGGGUAUACCGAGGCUGGCGAGAUCGAUCGCGCGAGGGAGAUGUUUGAGGAUCUUCCCGAGAAGAGCCAGGUCUCGUGGAACACGAUGAUGGGCGCGUACGCGCGAGUGGGCGAUCUGGAAUCCGCGAGGGGCUUGUUCGAGCGAUUGCCCUGCCGAUCGAUCGACGCGUGCAAUGUGAUGAUCACGGCCUACGCCGAGAGGGGCGAGCUGGAGGAAUCAAAAGCUCUGUUUGAUUCCAUGGAAGAGCUCAAUGCCGUGAGCUGGACAGCGAUGGUCACGGCCUACGCGCGCUUUGGGCACCAGGAUCUAGCCAGGAUCACGUUUGAGCGCAUGGCGGCGCAAAGAACAGCGAGUGGGUCACGCCAUUUCCUGGAUGCGAUCCCGGAGCAAGACGUGGUUUCAUGCAAUGCAAUGAUCAGCGCGUUUCUCCAGGGAAUGGAGCUGAUCCAAGCGAAGAUGCUGUUCGAUCGGAUGAGCCGGAGAGACGUGAUCUCAUGGAACGCCAUCGUCGCUGGAUUUGCCCGGAAUGGGCAUUUGCUCUACGCAAAGAGACUGUUCGAUGCAAUGCCGGAGAAGAACGUGGUUUCGUGGAGCUCUUUGCUUGCAGCGUACGCGCAACUCGGCAAUCACAGCGAUGGCGUCGCAUUCUACUCGCAGCUGCUCGCGAGCGGAGUAGAGCCCAACGAAAUCUGCGUCGUGAGCCUCCUCGCCGUGUGCGCGCACGCCGGGAACUUGGAGAAAGGCUUGAAACUCUUCGUACGGAUGACCCAGGAUCAUACGGAAGUGUCUGCCACCAAAGAACACUAUGCGAUCGCUGUGGACAUUCUUGGACGAGCUGGGCAGCUGGAGGUCGCGGAAGAGAUCGUGAAUUCCAUGCCUUUGGGGGGACCCGACGACACCGUGUGGGGAUCACUCCUCUCGGCCAGCCGGUUUCAUGUGAAAAAUCCCGGCUUUGGCGCACGCGCUGCGAAAGAAGUGAUGAAGAGCUCUCCGCGAGAUUCCUCGGCUUAUAUCCUGCUCGCUACUGCUCGCUCGAUCGCGCAAACUUAGAUCUUCUGGUCCGAUGAUCAAUGACAAGCGUUGGACACUCCCGUCAAACACUCCAGGGGCCACUCCACUGCCAGGAAUUGGAUUGUUGAGUGUGACUUCCACUCACGCGCUCAAAGUGGACGCACCAUGAUGCAUUGCUGUGCUGCUACCACUGCUUAUAUCUUUCGUGGUGACAAUGCUGGAGUGGAGUGGAGUGGAGUGAGUGCUGGGCAAUCAUCGGUUUAUCCGGCAUGAAGUCCAUGAGCUUUUGCUUCGUCGUCGUCGUGUUUCUUGCGCUCGCGGAGAUCUCACGCUGCGAGCUGAGGCUGGGUUUUUAUGCCGACUCGUGCCCCGAGGCCGAGUCCGUCGUCCAGUUCACGGUGGCUCAGGCAGUCGCGACUAAUCCUGGAAUCGCUGCUGGGCUUCUACGUCUUCACUUCCACGAUUGCUUUGUCCGGGGAUGCGAUGGCUCGGUUCUCGUCGAUUCUACCGGGAACAACAAGGCCG